CUGAUUUUCAAACGGAGUAGUUCAUCUCAUCCACAUAGACGCGCUUUGGUGGCACUUUUUCGCUGUGACGCGGCUCUGCUCGGCUCUAGCUCACUGUCAAGGAAGAAGCCUCCCAUCUGUUCACCUGGAAACCACGUCCCCCUCCAGCAAGGCUGGUGAGCCUGAUGUCCAACAUGGGUGGUGCACCUGAUCCGGUCUGAACCACUUGUCAUUUUUACCCUGCUCUCACAGCCAGAUGUCAGGAGAUGAGACACUGUGGUUUUGUACCACACCAUGAGUAUCCAGAGUCUGGGAGGAGCCAUAGGGGAUUCCCUGGGCUCUAGCCUGACGGUGCGUAUGAGCGGAGGGUGGAGCGCUCUCUCUCUCAAACCUGUUUCCUCCGGACGGAUCGCCUCCCUAUUCCAGACCAUGGUUCCCACCGGUUACACCAAGCUGCAGGAGGAGCGGCUGGCCAUGGUGGACGUCGGAGCCAAACCCGAGGCCGCCUCGCUGCAGAACGGCUACAGACCGGAGGCGUCUCACGUGGAAGGACGGCGGCUCCUGGACCGGGCCUCCCGCUCGUCUGUGACUUUAUCCGACUGUGGCGAUGGAGGCUACUCCGAAACAGAGCCCAUGCUGGCUGAAAGGAGGCUCUCGGCGGAGGAGGCAGAUGAAGAAGAGGAGGAGGAAGAGGAGGUGGAGGAAAGGCCGAGAGCGCUGCCCAACAUGCCCAAGGAGUCGCCACUGGCCAUGGCGCUGCAGAUCUUGCUGCCAUUCUUGCUGGCUGGAUUUGGAACGGUAUCAGCUGGAAUGGUGCUGGAUAUUGUGCAGCACUGGGAGGCGUUCCAGUUCAUCACAGAGAUCUUCAUCCUGGUUCCUGCUCUGCUCGGCCUCAAGGGAAACCUGGAGAUGACUCUGGCCUCCAGGCUGUCCACAGCGGUGAAUGUGGGCAAGAUGGAUUCUCCCAUAGAGAAGUGGAAUCUAAUCAUAGGCAACCUGGCCCUGAAGCAGGUCCAGGCCACAGUGGUGGGUUUCCUGGCCGCAGUAGCGGCCGUGGUUCUUGGCUGGAUCCCGGAAGGCAAGUUCCAGAUGAGCCACGCUGUGCUGCUCUGCUCCAGCAGCGUGGCCACGGCCUUCAUCGCCUCCCUGCUGCAGGGUUUUCUCAUGGUGGGUGUCAUUGUGGGUUCAAAGAAGACGGGCAUCAACCCUGACAACGUAGCCACACCCAUCGCCGCCAGUUUUGGUGACCUGAUAACCCUGGCGAUCCUGGCCUGGAUAAGCCAGGGCCUCUACAAGUGCCUGGAUACUUACCCGUACGUGUCAUCACUGGUCUGCGCCUUCUUCAUGUGUCUGACCCCUCUGUGGAUCGUCAUCUCCUCCAAGCACCCGGCCAGCCGCACCCUGCUGUACUCCGGGUGGGAGCCCGUCAUCACUGCCAUGGUCAUCAGCAGCAUCGGAGGGCUCAUCCUGGACAAAACGGUGUCUGACCCCGAUCUGGCGGGCAUCGUGGUGUACACGCCGGUUAUUAACGGGAUCGGGGGCAACCUGGUCGCUAUUCAGGCCAGCAGGAUAUCCACUCACCUGCAUUUCCACUGUGCUCCUGGGGAGGUUCCUGAAGAGGCUAAGGGCUGCUACUACCCCUGCCGCACCUUCUGGGGUUCAGGAGCCAAUCAUCGCUCUGCUCAGGUGCUCCUCCUCUUGGUGAUCCCCGGUCACAUCCUCUUCCUCUACACCAUCCACCUGAUGAAGAGCGGACACACCACCCUGACCCCCAUCUUUAUGUCCGUCUACCUGUCUGCUGCCAUGCUUCAGGUGCUGCUGCUGCUGUGCAUAUCUGACUGGAUGGUGCACUCCAUGUGGCGGAGCGGCAAAGAUCCCGACAGUUUUUCCAUCCCUUACCUGACGGCCCUGGGCGACCUGUUGGGCACUGCCCUGCUGGCGCUCAGCUUCCACUUCCUGUGGGUCAUAGGAGACCAGGACAGCGAUGUGGGCGACUGAGGAGACGCCUGACGUCAAGGCUUUGGCAGCAGGUGGUAAAAAAGCCCCAAGUCUUUUUCUGCCACCCGACCUGACGCUCCCUAAAGCUGUAUGGGAACGCCGGCCAGCACAUUCCUCUGCUCACUUCACUGAAACCACAACGUGGUUUUGGGAACUAUUUUCUGCUCUUCGCUUUUAAAACAUUUUUUAUUACACACAAAAGACAUUGUAUUCCAUGAAUUUAGACUGUUUCCAGCACAGGUUUUGAUCAGCAUAGUCUGCACCGAAGCACUUUUCUGUUGUGUUGCUGAUCUUGCAAAGAGGAUCAGCGAACCCCCCACCGUGCUGAGGCUGGUUUACUCUGCAAGCAUCAGUCGGAGGUCUUCCACUUAAAAACAUUGCUUUUGUUAGUGUAUAUUUUGGGGAUUACCACCCAUUGUCUCACAAACUUCACUACCAGCAUUGUGUGUGUUAAGAGGUUGCGACAUGCAGUCAGUGGAGGGACACAGAGACGAUUACUGUGGAAGUUUAUCUGAGAUCAACUCAACGACCGCUUUGAGCUGCCACGUGAGCAGGUUGGGGGAAUAACACCUUUUCCACUAUCUAAAUGUUUUCAAUCCAUUUAGAACAGAUCUAAUAUCCCCUAAUUUUAGUAUAUAUUUUGUUCUCUUCAAGGCAAAGGCUGGAUCAUUCCCCCACGCAAGUGUGCAUCUCUGCUGCAGAUUUAUUUUUUUUCCCUCAUUGGAGUUUUCAAAUCGGCUCCUGACUGGAUGUUGGAUCAGGGGUUCCAAACUCUUCUGGGAGACCAGCAAGUAACUCAACUCCAGUCCCCCUGAUCGGUGUAGCUCUAUUUUCUUAAUUUGCAUAAAGUCUCUGAUGGAAAGAUGAUGUGAAAGCUAAUUUACUUUAUUGCCCCACAACAAACAAACACUGCAUGGGACCGAGUUGUUGGGGUUUGACCCUUCAAUGCCCUGGAACAGUGAUCGUGCAAUCAUUGCUUAGCCACAGUAACUGGGAUGCCAGGUUUGUAGUGAAGCCUUUGGAUUUCUUCCCGUGUUGAAGUGGUGUGCUUACUAAGCAAACGUAACAAAACGUUAUAAUACAUAGCUCUUUCACAGCGUUAUUCUGUUGAGUUACAGGCAAUAUGAAAAAAUAGUUAUAGUGUUGCAUGUUUGGUAGCAGUCGUGGCGAGCUACAUGUCGCUCCAGGAAGUGAUUAAUCAUUACAGCACAGCAGCCAUUGAAUGUCAGAACAAAGUCAGCAACAGGAACUAAGAGGAGCCGGGCUUAGUGAAAGGUCAAUUCCUGCUUUAGUUCAACCAAACCGCAGAUAAACUUGUUGGUCUUUUAGCCUCCUGAUGUGAUGUAAAUGUUAACAGCACAGCUGUGCUCAGUUUCUCCUGUCCAGCAGCCUCCGUCGUGCACACAGAGCGGCUCAGGAAAUAACCGUUCCACUGUGGAUGUUCACACACUGCGUACAGUGCAUGUGAGCACGGUGUCUCCAUGCAUCAACACAACUAGUUCAUGUCAGUUUCGGUUGAUUCUCUUCUUAUUUCAGACUAGUGUGUUAACCUUAUUAAACAGCAUAUUUGGUUCCCUUUUUCUUAAUGAUCUGUUUCAAAGGUAUCCCGUUAAUCUCAGCAGCAUAUUGUGUGCAUGUGAACGUUUGCUCUAAUCAACUCCAAUAUGUGCCUCUUGAGAUUCGCUGGUUGACAAGGUAUUUCUCUCCGUCACGCCAUUAAUGCAACUUUCUUUCUGAAGCUUUAUAGUUCUGCGCAGUGAAUGCUCUUUGCACUCUUUUUUUGUUCUUCAACAGCAACAACUAUUGUCUUUCUGAGGAGUUUCAUUACUAAGUGAUAUCAUUUUAAUUGCUGUAAUGAAACAACCUCGAGAGAUAAGAGAGAGAAUUUAGAGGGUGACUUGCAUUUGCUAUAAAACCCUUUGAUUGUGUUUGUUGGCCAAAACCGAAAACUGAAUAAAUGUCUUUUAAUUGAAAAUCA